AUGGCUAGAUCUUUGUCUGAACACUUCGAUUCUAUCACGAGUGAUGGUAUCGAGUCUAUCGACCCUCUUCUAUCUGAUUGUUGCUUCUCUAUCCCGCCCUCCUCGGCCCCUAGAAGCCAGUUAACCGCGCCUGUUACUACUGAGCCCCUACCCUUCCUUAAACGCGUCGGGCCUCAGCUGAAUCAUAUCGCAGAGCAUCCUCGUUGGGGUAAAAGGGGCUUAACUUCUGAGGUUUGGCAAUAUUUUGAGCAAGGCGCAGAGAUUAAGACGGGCUAUCUGUGUGUGUCUUGUAAAAGCUGUGGUCUAAUACUUACUUACCUAUCUCGAAACGGGACAAAUGCUAUAUUAAGGUAUAGAGAAAGGUAUCUACCGAAGGGUAAGCAGAGACAGGGAAAUAUUAAGGUAUUUAUUAAUAGCCAGGUAAGACAAAAGUGA